UCGUUAGUAAACGAGUCGUUACCAUCUAACGUAUCGCUCCUGUGGCUCUCACCAUCUCAGCCUCUAGUCUCAGGCACCACCGUACGCACGACCGUCGAUCCGUGAAGACGACCCAAGGAAUCGCUAACCUAACGUCCUAACCUGUCUUCUCUAGAUUUCGCAACUUACAACCCCUGAAUAGACGCAAGGAAUCCGACCCACUUAUGAAACUUCAUCCAGUUUCUCACAUUUGAUGCUCAACUGAGAGACGCACUCAUUCACUAGAUAGGAAAGAUGAGCUUAAGAAGCAUGUUGGCUGAAGCAGCCAUUAGAGGAGUAAAUGAAGCAAGGGCAAAGAUAUUUGGUCAUGUACUUAACACAACUGGUCAAAGAUCUGCUCAUAAAAUUUUAAGAAAGAAAUUCAUUGGUGAAAAAGUUGCUUCAUGGUAUCCAAAUGACAUCCAGAAAGAAGACCCCAUGGUUGUCGCACGCAAAGAACAAGAGCGAUUAUCAAAACUUGAGAUGUUGAAGCGUCGAGGAAAGGGACCCCCAAAGAAGGGACAAGGAAAGCGUGCUGCUAAACGUAGUAAAUAGAAAGAAAAUGAAAUGAAAUGGAAUUAGAUUUUAUUGCAAAUGCAAAUUUAUUUUCAGGGAUUUCAAUCAUCAUUAGAAAUGAAUGUUGAAAUGUUUAAGCCUUUUUGAACUUUCAUUGGCUUUAAUAAGUUGUAUGUUGUUUUUGGCUUGUUUGUUAAAAGGGAUUUUGUCAGGUUAAUUAUAU